GCACCCUUAGCACCUCAGUUGAGCAGGAGCACCGCACUGAGUCACAUCUAUACACACACGUUCUCUGCACGCAUUUACACGCACACAUACGCGCACACAAGCACAGCCUCCUGCAGUAUCCCAUACGGCGCAGCGGCUUUUCCAACGGCAUACCAAGUGCGUCCUCGCCGGGAGAUGGGAGGUGCGGCUCCCGGGUUUCAGAACACUCUGAGAGGCUUAGUAGAGUCCUGCUGAUCGGGGAUGCUGCUGGAAGUCCGCUGCUGUUUCUUUCUCCCGUGCAGGAAUCGCUUCUAACUACACCUUUACCGGGGAUUUAAAGUGGACAAGCCGUCUGAUCAGGAUAUAACAUUACUCUAAGCAUUUCAUUUUUUUUGUGAGGGGAAGGGGGGAAGAGUAGAAGGAGUUGGGAUUGCUCUGGACGUGCCUCUUAUCCGCAGUGUCGAUGCGGCUGUGAAUGAUAUCUGCAUAGAUUACAGGUACAAGAUGUCUCCCAUCUGAAGAGAGGCUUCAUCCUGAUAGGCCAACAGUACUGGAUUGUGCCUCUGUCCCUCUCCUCACCAGUCCCACCCUCAGUGCAGCCAUGACGUCCUUCACUAGGAUACGGACCUAUUUCUUACUAUGCUGCUUCCUAUCUAGUCUGGUGCUUCCUGUGACAUCACAAACAGUGGUGCAAGCUCCACAGACUCAUACCGCUGGCUCCCAAGUGAUCACAGCAUUACUUCAGGAGGAGGAGUAUGCAUCAUUUCAUGCAGAGAAUCCUGAGUGGACAUUUAAUCACCUGGCUGUGGACUAUCGUAAUGGCAAUGUUUAUUUGGGAGCCGUCAAUCGCAUAUACAAACUGUCCCCAAACUUAGAGGUCCAAAAAUCCCAUGAGACUGGCCCAGAUGAAGACAAUCGCAAGUGCUAUCCACCACGAAUUGUCCAACCCUGCAGUGAGCCACUGACACUCACUAACAAUGUCAACAAGAUGCUUUUGAUGGACUAUCGGGAGAACCGGCUGCUGGCUUGUGGCAGUCUCUACCAGGGCAUUUGUAAAAUCCUUCGUCUGGAUGACCUAUUUAAACUAGGAGAGCCCUUCCACAAGAAGGAACACUACCUCUCUGGUGUUAAUGAGAGUGGUUCUGUGUUUGGUGUCAUUGUUUCUUAUGGCAACGCCUCUCCAGACAUGCUGUUUGUAGCCACAGCAGUGGAUGGCAAGCCAGAAUACUUCCCUACCAUCUCUAGCCGUAAGUUGGCCAGAAACUCAGAGGAGGACGGCAUGUUUGCAUAUGUCUUCCACGAUGAGUUUGUGGCCUCUAUGAUUAAAAUCCCUUCAGAUACCUUCACUGUCAUCCCAGACUUUGACAUUUACUACAUUUAUGGCUUUGCCAGUGGGAACUUUGUUUACUUUCUGACACUGCAGCCUGAAAUGGGAGGUGGGCCGACCACUGGAUCGUCCUCUGCUGGUCGAGAACAGGUCUACACUUCUAAGAUAGUCCGCCUCUGCAAGGCAGACACUGCAUUCAACUCCUAUGUGGAGGUGCCUAUUGGAUGCAUUAGCGACAACGUGGAGUACCGAUUACUUGAGGCAGCCUACCUGUCAAAAGCUGGUGCUAUCCUGGCACGCUCGCUAGAUGUGGCACCAGAUGACGAUGUCUUGUUCGCCAUAUUCUCAAAGGGCCAGAAGAGACGUCCACGCCAGGCCUCCCAGGAUUCUGCAUUGUGUGUUUUCUCUCUGCGCAAGAUCAAUGAGAAAAUCAAGGAAAGGCUACAGUCCUGCUACAAGGGAGAGGGCACCCUGGACCUGGCUUGGCUGAAAGUCAAAGAUAUUCCCUGCAGCAGUGCGCUCUUGACCAUUGACGACGACUUUUGUGGCCUGGACAUGAAUGCUCCAUUGGGCGUCUCUGAGAUGGUGAGAGGCAAGCCUCUCUUUUCUGACGCCGUUGACAAAAUGUCCUCAGUCAUUGCCUACGUCUACAAGAACCACUCACUGGUCUUCGUGGGAACAAAAAGCGGUCAAGUCAAGAAGAUUCGUGUAGAUGGCUCCUCGCGUGCCCUUCAGUAUGAGACUGUGCAGGCUGUGGAGAAUGGACCCAUCCUCAGAGACAUGGCCUUCUCUUCUGACCAUCACUACCUCUAUGUCAUGUCUGAGACCCAGCUGUCGAGGAUCCCAGUGGAGGCGUGUGGUCAGUACACAACCUGCAGCGAAUGUCUUGGAUCCGGAGAUCCCCACUGUGGCUGGUGUGUUCUGCACAACAUGUGUGCCAGAAAGGAGAAAUGUGAGCGCUCAUCAGAGCCCCGGCGCUUUGCAUCCGACAUCAAGCAGUGUGUGCGUCUCAGUGUCCAUCCAAACAACAUCUCCGUGUCCCAGUUUAGUGUCACGUUGGUGUUGGAAGCCCAUAAUGUUCCAGAACUCUCUGCAGGUGUCAACUGUACAUUUGAGAACCUGGCUGAGAUGAAUGGCUUGGUGGAGGGAAAUCGGAUAAAGUGCUCCUCGCCCGCUGAAAAGGAAAUGCCACGAAUAAUCGUUGACAAAGGUGACCACCAGAUCGUGCAGCUCUAUCUCAAGUCCAAAGAGACCGGCCUGGCAUUUGCAAAUACAAGUUUUGUUUUCUACAAUUGCAGUGUGCACAAAUCGUGUCUGUCAUGUGUGAGUAGUCCCUACCAGUGCCACUGGUGUAAAUACAGACAUGACUGUACCCAUGACCCUCGCACAUGUUCCUUCCAGGAGGGUCGAGUGAAGAAGCCUGAGGGGUGUCCCCAGUUGCUGCCUGCAGAAAGGAUACUGGUGCCUGUCAAUGUGGUGAAGCCCAUCACCCUACGGGCUAAAAACCUUCCUCAGCCACAGUCUGGACAGAGGGGUUACGAGUGUUUGCUCACCAUCCAAGGAAACGAGCACCGGGUUCCUGCCCUGCGCUUCAACAGCUCCUCGGUGCAGUGUCAAAACACAUCGUAUUUCUAUGAUGGGAUGGAGAUGAGCAGUCUUCCCGUGGAGCUGACCGUCAUCUGGAACGGAGAUUUCAGCAUCGACAACCCCGCCCACAACAAAGUCCAUCUAUACAAAUGCGACGCCCAGCGUGGAAGCUGUGGUCUGUGUCUGAAAGCGGACCCUCUGUUUGGGUGCGUCUGGUGCAAAGGGGAGAACCGCUGCACCCUCAAGCAACACUGCGCCAAUGAGAACACGUGGCUAGAGCACAACGGUAUCAACAGCAAGUGCACCCACCCACGGAUCACCAAGAUCACCCCUCUGCGAGGCCCUAGGGAAGGUGGCACACUUGUGACUAUCCAUGGUGAGAACCUGGGACUGGACUUCAGGGAGAUUCAGGGUAAUGUGAAGGUGGCUGAAGUGGAUUGCACUCCAAUACGUGAGGGCUACAUCCCUGCUGAGCAGAUUGUGUGUGAGAUGGGUAGAGCUGAGAUGAGCCAGUAUACUGGGAAUGUGCAGGUCUGUGUCGGGCAGUGCACAUCUGAAUUUAUGGCAAAAUCCUCCAAGUACUACUACUUUGUGAUUCCAAGGAUUAUCAGUCUUACGCCAAGCCGUGGGCCAGUCUCUGGGGGAACUGUCGUCAACAUUACAGGCAGCCACUUUGAUGCUGGGAGCAAUGUGUCAGUCAUGUUCAAGGACCAGCCGUGCACUUAUCAGAGGAGGGGUGGCCUAUGGCUUACCUGCCGAACCCAUGCUUCCCUGCAUGGCAUUGGAAAUGUGUCUGUAUCUGUGAGCAUAGAUAGGGCUCACCUUCAGAAAGACCUCCAGUUUGAAUAUGUGGAAGAUCCCACCAUCACCAAGAUAGAGCCUGAGUGGAGCAUCUUCAGCGGAUAUACUCCAAUCACGGUGACAGGAACUAAUCUGGACAUCAUUCAGACACCACUCAUCAGAGCCAAAUACAAUGGUCAUGAGACACUCAAUUUCUGCGACAUACUAGGUCCUACAACUAUGGUGUGCCAGGCUCCAGAGCUGUCCAUCAGCCUAGCCAGACACCAAGAAGUACCUGAAAGACCUGAAGAGUUCGGCUUUAAACUGGAUGACUUGCAGAUCACACUCAAUAACACCAACUUCAUCUACUUCCCCAAUCCGGAAUUUGAACCGAUUAGUCCAUCUGGAGUCCUGGAGCUUAAGCCUGGAUCGCCCAUUAUACUGAAAGGGCGGAAUUUCCUUCCAGCGACCAAUAGCGGAAAUGGAAAGCUGAACUACACAGUUCUGAUUGGAGAGAAGCCCUGCAUUUUAACAGUGUCAGAGAACCAGCUCCUCUGCGAGUCCCCCAACCUGAUUGGUCGACACAAGAUCCUGGCACGUGUGGGCGGCAUCGAGAAUUCACCAGGUUCGGUCCACAUCACGUCCGACAGCCCCCUCAGCAGCACUGCAAUCAUUGGCAUUGCUGCAGCCGGUGCCCUGCUCAUCCUUGUCAUUGUGGCAGUGCUCAUUGCCUAUAAACGCAAGUCUCGUGAGAGUGACCUCACCUUGAAGAGGCUGCAGAUGCAGAUGGACAACCUGGAGUCACGUGUGGCUCUAGAGUGCAAAGAGGCUUUUGCAGAGCUGCAGACAGACAUCCAUGAAUUGACCAGUGAUCUAGAUGGUGCAGGUAUCCCCUUCUUGGACUACAGGACCUAUACCAUGAGAGUCCUCUUCCCAGGCAUAGAGGAGCAUCCUGUCCUGAGAGAUCUGGAGGUGCCAGGCUACCGCCAGGAACAGGUGGAAAAAGGGCUGAAGCUCUUUGGUCAGCUCAUUAACAACAAGAUCUUCCUGCUAUGUUUUAUUCGCACUCUGGAGGCCCAGCGUGGUUUCUCAAUGAGGGACCGCGGCAAUGUGGCCUCACUCAUCAUGACAGUGCUGCAGAGCAAGUUGGAGUAUGCCACUGAUGUCCUUAAGCACCUGUUGUCCGACCUCAUAGACCGCAACCUCGAGAGCAAAAACCACCCCAAACUGCUCCUCCGCAGGACCGAGUCUGUUGCGGAGAAAAUGCUGACCAACUGGUUUACAUUCCUCCUCUACAAGUUUCUGAAGGAGUGUGCAGGCGAGCCUCUUUUCUCCCUCUUCUGUGCCAUCAAGCAGCAGAUGGAAAAAGGCCCCAUUGACUCCAUCACAGGAGAGGCACGCUACUCGCUCAGUGAAGACAAGCUCAUCAGACAACAGAUUGACUACAAGACGCUGGUGGUAAACUGCAUACAUCCAGAAAAUGAGAAGAGUCCAGAGAUCCAGGUUAAGGUGCUAAACUGUGACACCAUAAGCCAGGUGAAGGAGAAGAUACUGGAUGCCAUCUACAAGAACGUCCCACAUUCACACCGCCUGAAAGCGUCUGAUAUGGACCUGGAGUGGCGUCAGGGUCGAGGACAGCGCAUGAUCCUGCAGGAUGAGGACAUCACCACAAAGAUCGAAGGUGACUGGAAGAGACUGAACAUGCUGUCCCAUUAUCAGGUACCUGAUAAUGCAGUAAUGGCCUUGGUUCCCAAGCAAGUUACAGCCUACAACUCUGUAAAUAACUCCACCGUGUCCCGAACUUCUGCAAGUAAAUAUGAAAACAUGAUCAAGUACACUGGAAGCCCCGACAGCCUUCGUACCCGUACUCCUAUGAUCACCCCCGACCUGGAGAGUGGGGUGAAGGUUUGGCACUUGGUUAAGAACCACGAGCACGGAGACCAGAAAGAGGGCGACCGCGGGAGCAAGAUGGUCUCUGAGAUCUACCUGACAAGACUUCUGGCCACCAAGGGUACGCUACAGAAGUUUGUGGAUGACCUGUUUGAGACCAUCUUCAGCACAGCCCAUCGAGGCAGCGCUCUGCCACUGGCCAUCAAAUAUAUGUUUGACUUCCUGGAUGAGCAGGCCGACAAACACAACAUCCACGACCCGCAUGUCCGACACACAUGGAAGAGCAACUGCCUACCUCUGCGUUUCUGGGUGAAUGUGAUUAAAAACCCCCAGUUUGUGUUUGACAUCCAUAAGAGCAGCAUCACAGAUGCCUGUCUGUCUGUGGUGGCCCAGACUUUCAUGGACUCCUGCUCCACCUCAGAGCACCGCCUUGGGAAAGACUCACCCUCCAACAAGCUGCUUUAUGCCAAGGACAUCCCCAGCUACAAGAGCUGGGUGGAGAGAUACUACUCAGACAUUAGUAAGAUGCCAGCGAUCAGUGACCAGGACAUGAAUGCCUACCUGGCAGAGCAGUCGCGGAUGCACAUGAAUGAGUUCAACACCAUGAGCUCUCUCAGUGAGAUCUACUCUUAUGUGGGGAAAUACACUGAGGAGAUUGUGUGUGCACUGGAGCAGGACGAUGCAGCCAGGAAACAGAGGCUGGCCUUUAAGCUGGAGCAGGUGGUGGCCUUCAUGAGUCUGGAGAGCUGAGAACCGCACUUCCCAGGGUGCACUGGGAAGAGACCCCGUCAGAAACCGAGCCGUGCCUGAGCGAAGACCUGUCCCCAUCUUUUUUCAUCAUGUGACUUCCUCCCCUCCGCCUUUCAGAGAUGAAUUCUUCCUCUAACUUUUUUUCUGCUUCCUCUUCCCUGAGAAAUCCUGUUUUGGUUUUUUUUGGUUUUUUUCUUCUUCCCAUUCACUCUGCUGCAUACACUAGUUUACCUGAAUUUAUGCGAGGGGUGGCCCGGAGCUGAGGUUGGCGUUUCCCACAGUGCAAUGUGGGGGAUCCCUCAGCUUCACCACAGAGAAGCUUCAAGGGGUGAUUGCUUGAAAGCUGGCCAUAUUGGCAAUGUGUCGAUCCCCCCUGUUGGAAGGAAAGAGGGGAAAAACAUUUUUAUGUUGCCUUCAAGAAUUUACACCGAUAGGUAAUUCUUUAAAAACCACAAUGUUGGGUGUCCAUUUUGUUGAGAACUUUUCAGAAUAGGAUAGUUAAAAUAAAACCAUCUCUAGAGUUCAGUUUAUUGUAGUUCUAUAUUAAAUAUACAGAAUCAAGAGGAAGCAUCAACACUGAUGACUGCAAGCCAAAUGAACACCUCUGAAGAAAAUUAAUGCAAGGAUGGUUUGCCAAGUUUACACUGUACCUUCAAGCAAAGCAUACAUAUCCGUGAAAUCUGGGGCAAAUCCAGGCAAGCCUAGAAUGUUCUUGUGUUCUUUAAUGUAGCUGGAGUUGUAUUUAAGAAAAAGACUGAUGGGGGAAGGGAAGGAUUAUCGCUUCUCUGAACUUUUCCUUUACUGAACCAUGAUGAACUUUACAAACCAGAGCAUCCCCAGCCUAUAGCCCUUUGCAACAUGCACACAUUUUUACCUGCCCCAGCAUACAUUUAAGAAAGCGCUCAUGAUUUCUGCUUCCAUUUGGCUUAUAUAGCUACUGCAAAAUUAAGCUAUUAGAUGAAACCCUGGAGCCCCCGCCCAAGUUGGAUCCUUUGUAAAAAACAGAAAAAAAGAAAAAGCACACAACCAACUCUGGAAGACAGUGUUUUGACUGCUAAUCCAAACACCAGUAGCAGUCUUUGCCUGGCUCUUGCCACUUCCAACCUUGUGUCGCUGCUGCGACGGUCUAUCAAAGCACACACAUGCACACAAAACGCACACACACUCAGCAGCUACCCAACAUCCUGACUGCCCAGAUUUCUACGCCAACAACGGAGGAGGUAAAGGGAAGAGCUGACUGAAAUGCACUGGGUAAGAAACUGCUUGAUUCAAUACAGCGUGUGCUACCUAAAGAGGCUCUGUUGUGAGAGUAGCACUUCUUUCCCGGGAUGUCCCAAUUUUAAGACUUUUGUGUGGAGAAAUCAAAUGACACGGACUUAGUUGGUCAGCCAAAAACCAAAGGAGCUUGAAAUUUUCAAAAAUGGUCAAAAAUGUAUUUAUAAAGUGCCACUGAGGAACUGACAAACAAAGGACUAUGUAUAAGACAACCACUUCUAAGACAAAAAAAAAAAAAUAUGGUGACUUGAACUUUAAGCAACAUGUGUGAUUUUUCUGACCUCAGUGUGUCGAGGUGAGAGGCUCUGUGGGCGAGGUGAUCCGAUCCUCCUUUCUCUUUUCAUCGUCCCGGGUCUCUCCGGCUCUCGGCACACCGUUCACCCCCCUUUUUCGUCCGGCUCCUGACUUACCAGUUUUUCUGUUUUGCACAAGCAUUGGAGAUGGUAGCUAGUUGCAUACGGCAAAAACCCCAACUCUUGAGUGUGUAACUGUUUGAGGCGCUCUUGUCUGUAUUAGUGUAGUUGUCCUCAGUGGCGGCAGGGGGCGGCCUUCUCCAAACCUCAAAAAAAAAAAGAGAGAAAAAAAAGAAAGAAAGAAAUUUUUAAAAAAAGAUCUGAUAAAGCAGAGCAAGACGUGAGCAUCACGGCAAGGUAAACAGAAAAUGAUGGACAUAGAUAAGACUUGUUGGAUGUGAAUCCCCACUAUGGGAGAGAGCGAUGGAAAGAUGGAGGCGCCCUCCGUACCUUUUGACCUCUGCCCUUUCUUUUGCCUUGACAACGUGCCCCAUGUGGUGAUGUGAAUGUGUGAAGACCGCCCUAGGUCCACCUUGGGUCCUUUAUUGGCUUUUUAAGCGCAUGUAAAACGUAAACAAUUUAAGAAACUUAUUUAAAAAAAAAGUGAAAAAUAAGAAAAUUAAGCCUUGCAAUGAUGAUGUGGAUGUGUUCUUUUAUCUUUCUUUUGCUUGGAAGAAUCAAGAUGGAAAAAGUGGAUUGUUCAUGUUAUAAAAACUAUAACUUUCGUUUAAGGUGGAACCUUUAUCCAGACCAGUCCCCCUAUGACACAGUCUCAUCCCUAUGAUUUUUGUGACGUGAUAGAUGCUAAAUAAAGGAGUUACUGUAUACCUUUGCAUGUUGACCUGUUUGGAUGGUAUGAAAUUGAAUUGCCUUGCAAAAAGAUAUUUAGAGACUUCUACAACUGCUAGGGGCUUUUGAAGUCAUUUCCAAGACAACUGCUCAUUUUCUGGAUGUCAUUUAAAGACAGCAUGUACCCCAUUUUGGAUUUUCUUGUCCCAUUUACUGUGUCCUCCAUUACAGACCAGCACUCUUUUUGUGUGACAGCUGUGCCGCCUCUGCAGUUUAAAUCUGGUCAGGCAGAACAUUUGUUCUUUUUUAUUGGUUUUAUUUUUUCCUAUUGAAAACUGCGUUAGAUUAAGUAUUUCAUCGUGAUAAAUGCUCAACUUCCCAGAACAAAAAAAAGCUCCUUUACAGUGAUGAAGCCUGCCCAUUUUUUUUUUUUUUUAAAGAACAGAAUAUGUGCAGUUAUGAAAACAGACGGAUGUGAUUAGAUGCAGGUUCACGUCCUAAAAAGCAACAAAGGAUUGCCUCAAUUUGCCAGCACAAGAUGUGAAAAUGAACACCAAGAACAAAUUAAGUAGGCCUAUACCUCUAAUUUAUCAUCCAUAGCAGUAGAGGCGCAUUAGCUUUGUUAGACUAAUGUUUUAGACCAAGUUUAGCAAGUGACUCCAUUUUUUUAAGGGGUCCUUGUCUGUAUGUAAGAUAAACAAAUCAUUGUUAACUUUCUGCAGCUUUUUGAGAGGUGAUCAAAAGGUUUUGGGAAUUAUGUCUUUGUGCAUGUUUAUCUCUGCAAUGUACACUGAAUGUCCUCCACUGCAUCUCAAAAGCAACCCUUCAAGUUGAGUUUCAAUUAGCAGAUCUGGAGGAAGUCACAGUAAGGCAAGUCUGGCAAAUGUUGAGCGAACAGAACCCCUGCCUUUUGAGUUCACUGCGUGAUGGCACACACCACACUUCAGAAAUAGGAAGUCUGAACCCUGAGUUUAUAUUUAGGAUACAGAACCUACUGGAACAUUUGUUCCAUGUAAGUUUGGGCUCUACUGUAUACACACUCUGAAUGUGCAAAUUGGACUUUUAGGGAUGUUAUCUUCUAGUGUUAAUCAUAUAUGGUUGUUGGUCUUCAUGGUCAAAUUCCCAGAACUUUUUGAUCACAUCUCAUACAGCAUACAGAACUUCUAUUAUUUCAAUUUAGGAUUCAUUUUAGGGACAUCCAAAGUUUCUCCUCCCAGCUGUGUGUUACUAAAGAAGAUAAGCGCCCUCGGCUGUGAUUGCAAGUCUGCUUCCCCCGGUGUCUCAUCCUGUCUUUCAUUUCUCCCUCCCUCGCCCUGUCACUUCCCGGGCAACAAAGGUCGUCUGGUAGUAGCCACCUAGCGUUGCCAAGAGCACAGAUAAAGUUUCCACCUUCAAACGUUUUGUAGGAACUAAAAAUGUCCUCCUAGCUCAGUGUUAUAGCAGCUGUUACACAAACAUGCUAGAAAAGACUUUUACUAGAUCAUAUUUGAAAGAUAAAGAGUAUCUUAUUGAGAGAUGAAAACGAAACCUGGGGGAUAUAAGGCGAGCUUCUCUAACUUUGUUAUAAUUAAUUGUAUACCUGUGUAUGUAAAUAUAAUGCAUUCCUAUUUUGCAGUCAAGAACAAAAUACUAUUUGUAAUAUAGAAUAAACUUUAUUAUGAAACCAA